AUGGCCAUGCCCAACGACGUGUGGGAGGAAAUCUCCGAGGAGAUUCCUUCCAUGAGCGACCCGUUUCUGCAGCAGUACAUGGCCGGCCGCGCCAACCUCAUCGCCCAGGAAAAGACGAAGCGCGCCGACGCUGCGUUCCGCCAGUCCCUCUCGCCCAUUGCCAAGCGGGCCUGCCGCGUCGUCGAGCGCAUCCGAGCCGAGGAGCAGCAGACGACAUGGGCCGCCUGCAACGACGACGACAUCGACGGCAAGAUGGCCAGCGAGACGCAGGCCACCGUCUUCCCCGGCAUGAUGUUCCCCAUGGGCAAGGACCGCAUGGAAAGCACCAAGCUGUGGCGCAUCGUGCGCCAGAUGCCCAAGGGAUCCCUGCUGCACGCCCAUCUCGAAGCCAUGGUCGACUUUGACUACCUGAUCCGCGAGCUCCUCAAGCUUCCCAACAUCCACAUCGCCAGCGACCAACCGCUGGCAAGCCCCGAGGCGCGCGAGCAGGGCGUCGUCACCUUUCGUUACCGGGCAAAGGAACGCGUCGAGGGCUCCGUCUGGAGCAGCAGCUACAAGACGAACAAGUUCCUACUCCUGACCAAGAUGGCCGACGAGUUUCCCGAUGGCGGCCGCGAGGGCUUCAUCAAGUGGCUCGCCGGCCGCUGCAUGCUGCACCCGCACGACGCGCAUUACCACCACCACGGCAUCGACGCCAUCUGGGCAAAGUUUACCAACUGCUUCAUCUCCUGCGCCACGAUCCUGACCUACGAGCCCAUGGUUCGGCUUUACCUGCGCGCGCUUAUGCGCCAGCUGAAAGCCGACGGCGUGCUCUGGGCCGAGCUGCGCUUCGCGUGGCCCAUCAACUACUGCCGCGACCGCCACGAGAAGCCCGAACAGGACUAUAUCCACCUCUUUGAAGUAAUCGAGGACGAGAUUGCGCGCUUCAAGGCGUCCCCUGACGGACAGGGCUUCUGGGGCCUCGGCAUCAUUUGGACGUCGCUGCGGUCGCUUGGCACGCGGCCCAUCAUCGAGGACAUGGACCACUGCAUCACGACCAAGCUCGCCUUUCCCAACCUCGUCCUCGGCUACGAUGUUGUCGGCUACGAGAACCCCGGCCGUACGCUCCGCGACCUGCUCCCCGAGCUGUUCUGGUUUCGCAAGCAGUGCGCCCAGGAGGGCGUCUCGGUGCCCUUCUUCUUCCACGCCGGCGAGACGCUCGGCGACGGCGACGCCACCGACGAAAACCUCUUUGACGCUGUCCUCCUCGGCACGCGCCGCAUCGGCCACGGCUACUCCCUCUACAAGCACCCGCUGCUCAUCGACAUGGUGAAAGAGAAGCGCAUCCUCGUCGAGGCCUGCCCCAUUUCCAACGAGGUUCUCCGUCUCUGCGCCUCGGUCGCCCAGCACCCGCUCCCCGCGCUGCUCGCCCGCGGCGUCGCCUGCUGUCUCUGCAACGACGACCCCGCCAUGAUGGGCCAGGGCACCGCCGGCAUGUCCCACGACUUUUGGCAGGCCCUCCAGGGCUGGGCCAACCUCGGCCUCGCGGGCCUCGCCAGCCUCGCCGAGAACAGCGUCCGCUGGUCCGCGUUUGAGGAUGAGGACAAUGCCGCGUGGGUCGGCAACAUCAAGGCCGCCAGCCUCGGCGACGGCGUCAAGGCGGAGCGCGUCAAGGAGUGGCAGAUUCAGUGGGAGCAGUUUUGCCUCUGGGUUGUGUCCGAGUACGGCGAGGAGUACGACGACACACCGGAGCCUGAGCCCAGCACUGCUGCUGGUAAAGAGCCUGCUGAUCCUGUCUCUGUGGCGGAGGAGGUAUAG